AUGGCUCCAAUAAAGGUUGGAAUAAACGGAUUCGGUCGGAUUGGACGUCUCGCCUUCCGCCAUUCUAUUGUGGAUAAUGCUGUCGAUGUAGUGGCCAUCAACGAUCCUUUCAUUGAACCUCACAAUGCUCUCAAAUUGAUCCCUAAUCAGACAAAUCCCAGCCAUACUUCAACACUGCCUGGAGGAGCACAAUAUGAAAAAGCUAUGUCCCUAGAGGAGAUUGAGCAGAUUAUUGGUAUAAAGAAUAUUCCUGGGGUUGAUCAGCUCGAGGAGAUUAAGCAGAUCUAUGUGACGAAGGCUCCACAGAUUUCUCGGGAUAAGGAGGCUUGGCAAAACGAGAAAGCAGACGAGGAUAUGGAAGAUGAAGAAGCCACAGCCUUUAUCCAAGAAGUCUAUACGCGCGUUACACCUACUAUGGAAAAGAUCUUAAGCGAGGAUAUGGUCGACUUAAUCGAUAUAAAGAGAAUUGAGGAUAUUGUGGUCAAGGCUCAUUUCCAGGCUGCAAAGUUUGAAAAAGAUCCCACCAACGCAAGAGCGAAAGAACAGUUUCUUAGUAGAGUACAGGAACUUGCUGAGCUGGUCGAGGCGAGCUCUUAUCCCAGUACUUGGAUAUUGAAGCCACUGCCUGAAGCGCCAAAGCCCCCACCAUCUGGAGGAAAUGGCACUGGACCUACGGGUACUACUGGCACUGCUCCUACAGGUACUGCUCCCGCCGGUGUUAUAGCUAGUGUUAUUACAGACAACGGCACAGGUAGAACCGACAUUGGUACGGACCCUUAUGAAUUAAACAAACUAAAUGCAGGAAACCCGGGCUUUACUGAAGAUGGAGAGAUGAUCAUGGGACACAAGUUUAAGUAUUUCAGAAAGGGCGAUAAAAAAGGCCAGGUAUACAGCGGGCAACUCUUUGUCGCGAUUGGACCGCAAGCCUGCCCUCAUGUUAAGGUCCUUCCCCGCAAAGACUUUACCAAGAAUACGGUUGACGCAUAUCGAAACUGCCCUCAUGCGAUGGAGGUUGGCGGAAGGACUAAGAAAGAUGAGUUUGUUAAGAUCCUCUGUACCGCAGCCGAAUCCUGUGGACCGGAGCCACUGAAGGAACCCGCAAUCUAUGCCUUAUGCGAGCGGAAAGAAGGAAAUCCUAUCUGGACAUGGCGUACAGACCUUUAAGAUUGGGUAGAAAGUAAAAGGGCCGCAGAUAACCUGCU